AUGGGUAAAAAACAACAUCAACAAGAUAAACUUUAUCUUACAACAACCGAAUGGAAAAAUUCUUUUGGUGGAUUUAAAGGAGCAACAAAAGCGAAUGCUGAUUUUCGUCGUUUACCAUUUAAUUGUUGUAGUAUUUCAUUUCUACCUGUUGAAAAUCCUUAUUGUACACCUGAUGGUGUCAUAUAUGAUAUUACAUCUAUCGUUCCAUUUCUUAAAAAAUUCGGUCGUCAUCCUGUAACUGGUGAAAAACUUGAAGCUAAACAAUUAGUAAAAUUAAAUUUUCAUAAAAAUGCCAAAGAUGAAAUCCACUGUCCAAUAACAUUUAAAGUUCUUACUGAAAGUUCACAUAUUGUUGCUAUACGACCAUCUGGUAAUGUUUAUAGUUAUGAUGCUAUUGAACGUUUAAAUAUUAAAACAAAUACAUUUACUGAUCUAUUAACAAAUGAACCAUUUACACGUGAUGAUAUAAUUACAAUACAAGAUCCAAAAAAUUUAGAUAAAUUUAAUAUUCAAUCAUUUGCACAUUUAAAAAAUGAAUGGAAAUUAGAUGAUGAAGAUGAAAAAGCACGUCGAAAUGAUUCAAAUUAUUUUUUAAAAUAUAUCAAUAAUGAAACAGCGGCAACACUUGAACAAAUGAAAAGUGGACCAUCAAAAGAAUUUCUUGAAAAAUCUGAAACAAGUAUUUAUUCAAGUAAACAAAUCAAAUCAAGUCAACAACAAUUAGAUCAAACAAAUAUGGCAACAUAUUCAACAGGACGUUUAUCAUCCGCAUUUACAUCAACAUCAAUGGAUCCAGUAACGAAUAUGGAAGCUGCCGUACGUGAUGAAAAUGAAAUACGUUAUACAAGAAUUAAAAAUGGAAAAAAGAAAGGUUAUGCACGUUUAGUAACAAAUGUAGGUGUAAUUAAUAUCGAACUUGAUUGUGAUUUAUGCCCACAAACAUGUGACAAUUUUAUUAAACAUUGCGCAGAUAAAUAUUAUGUUGGAAGUAAAUUUCAUCGUUCAAUUAAAAAUUUUAUUAUUCAAGGUGGUGAUCCAACAGGAACGGGUUCUGGUGGAAAAUCUAUAUGGGGUAAACCAUUUCGUGAUGAAUGUAAUUCAAAAUUACAACAUACUGGACGAGGUAUGUUGAGUAUGGCUAAUUCAGGACCACAUACAAAUAAAUCUCAAUUUUUUUUUACUUAUCGUUCAUGUAAGAGUUUAAAUGGUAAACAUACAGUUUUUGGAAGAAUUGUUGGUGGUAUUGAUACACUUAGUACAAUGGAAGCAAUACCAACUGAUGCUAAAGAUCGACCACAAAGUGAUAUUAUAAUUGAAGAUACAAUUGUAUUUGUUAAUCCAUAUGAUGAAGUUGAUGCACAAUUAAAAUCUGAACGUGAACGACAAGAUAAACGAGAAGCAGAAGAACAAAGAGUGAAUUCUACAGUUCGUUCAGUAAAAUCAACUGCAGUAGCAACAACAACGAAAUCUUCUACUGAUCCACCCGCAAAUCAAGUAUUUCGAUCAGGUGUUGGAAAAUAUAUACCAAAUCAAGUCUAUUCAAGUGCUAAACAAGUUGCAUCAACUACUGAUGACGAUAAUGAAUAUAUACAAAAGAAGAAACGAAAAUUAGCAGCGACUAGUUCAGGUGGAACACUUAAUUUCAAUCAAUGGUGA